CCCGCGCCCCGUGAUGCUUUGCGUCGCGACGUCACCAACCUGCGACAGCUUCGGGCGGCAGUUUGUUUUGGUCAUUGAAUUGAGUCUCGCCGCUGCACGAUCGUCGAUUUCAGUGAUUUAAAGUUGAAUCAUAAUGAUUCACGAGCUGUUACUCGCGUUGAGCGGCUACCCGGGGACGAUUUUCACAUGGAACAAACGAACAGGACUGCAGGUGUCACAGGACCUUCCCUUCCUCCACCCCAGUGAGACCAGUGUCCUCAACCGGCUCUCUAAACUGGGCUCAGAUUACAUUCGCUUUACAGAGUUCAUAGAACAACACACGGGCCAUGUGCAUCCACAAGAACAUCACACGAAUCAGCCCAACCAGACGGGACUUCAUGGAAUUUACUUGCGGGCUUUCUGCACAGGGCUGGACUCCAUGCUGCAGCCGUACAGACAGGCCCUGCUGGACCUUGAGCAAGAGUUUCUUGGAGAUCCACAUCUGACAAUAUCUCAUGUCAAUUACAAGCUUGAUCAGUUUCAGUUGCUGUUUCCUUCAGUGAUGGUGGUGGUAGAAACUAUAAAAUCACAGAAGAUCCACGGCUGUCAGAUCCUGGAGACGGUGUACAAGCACAGCUGUGGGGGGCUUCCUCCCGUACGCAUGGCCUUAGAAAAGAUUCUCGCUGUGUGCCACGGUGUGAUGUACAAGCAGCUAGCAGCCUGGAUGCUGCAUGGAUUGCUGCUGGACCAAAGCGAGGAGUUUUUUGUGAAGCAGGGGCCCAGUGCAGGAGGAGCCGCUGCCAACCAGGAGGAAGAGGAGGAGGACCUGGGGCUGGGAGGCCUGAGCGGGAAACAGCUCAGAGAACUGCAGGACCUGAGGCUGAUCGAGGAGGAGAACAUGUUGGCUCCGUCUCUCCAGCAGUUCUCCCUGCGGACAGAGAUGCUGCCUUCUUACAUUCCCAUCAGAGUGGCAGAGAAGAUCCUGUUUGUUGGAGAAUCAGUCCAGAUGUUUGAAAACCACAACCACAGCCCCUCGAGAGCUGGCUCCAUACUGAAGCACCAGGAGGACCUGUUCGCUGCCGAGCUGCACAGACUCAAACAGCAGCCUCUUUUCAGCCUGGUGGAUUUUGAAAAUAUGAUCGAUCGCAUCAGGAGCACAGUGGCAGAGCAUCUGUGGACUUUGAUGGUGGAGGAGUCGGAUCUGCUGGAACAGCUCAAGAUUAUUAAGGACUUCUACCUGCUGGGUCGUGGCGAGCUCUACCAGGUUUUCAUUGACCUUGCGCAGCACAUGCUGAAGACGCCUCCGACAGCCGUCACUGAGCACGAUGUGAACGUGGCCUUUCAGCAGGCGGCUCAUAAAGUUCUCCUGGACGACGACAACCUCCUGCCUCUGCUGCACCUCACUGUGGACUACCAGGGCAAAGACAGCAAAGAGUCGACGGGCCCCAGAGACGGAGCCACUCCUCCCCAGGACACUUCCCCUCGCGAGGUCCCUCCUACAGGCUGGGCGGCUCUCGGUCUCACCUACAAGGUUCAGUGGCCGCUGCACAUCCUCUUCACUCCUGCUGUCCUGGAGAAGUACAACGUUGUGUUCAGGUACCUCCUGAGUGUUCGGCGGGUGCAGUCGCAGCUGCAGCACUGCUGGGCUCUACAGAUGCAGAGGAAACACCUCAAGUCCAGCCAGACUGAUGCUGUCAAGUGGAGGUUACGCAACCAUAUGGCCUUCCUGAUCGACAACCUGCAGUAUUACUUACAGGUGGACGUGCUCGAGUCUCAGUUCUCUCAGCUGCUCCAGCAGAUCAACUCCACCAGAGACUUCGAGAGCAUCCGUCUGGCCCACGACCACUUCCUCAGUAACCUGCUCGCCCAGUCCUUCAUCCUGCUGAAGCCGGUGUUUCACUGUCUGAACGAGAUCCUCGAGCUGUGUCACAACUUCUGCUCUCUGGUCAGCCAGACGGUGGCGUCGCUGGACGAGAGAGGAACUGCUCAGCUGGACAUCCUGGUCAAGGGCUUUAGACGCCAGUCCUCCUUACUGUUUAAAAUCCUCUCGAGCGUCAGGAACCAUCAGAUAAACUCGGAUCUGGCUCAGCUGUUACUGCGACUGGACUACAACAAAUACUACACCCAGGCUGGAGGCACGCUGGGCAGUGUUUAAGAGCGCCGGGGAUUCAGAUUUGAGUCGAUCUCUGCUAAACUGUCACACCGGACAGAACACAUGUCACAUGCCUGCUGCAAUUAUCUUGAAAGAGUCAGUUCACCAACGUUGUUCAGUCAUUUUCCGACCUCAGCUCCGGUGUUAUCCAGCAAUGCCGACAGUUUCUGGUGGAUGGAUUUGACUUUAGUGACUCAAGCUGUCGUUCUCUUUAGUUCUACAAACACGUUUCAGCUGGUGGACCUCCUGAGGCACUUAGCUUAGCAUUAAUGCCAUUGGACAUCACCUGCUGUUCCAACUUUUUAUGCUAACUGACUUCAUAUCCAGCUUGCAGACAAAAGUGGUAUGAA